UGAAAGUGAAAGUUUGUCAGAUCAGAGAUGCAGCUGAAGCAAAUCAUUUUGUCUCUGUCUGAGGGGAAAUAAGCCGAGUUCAUCCGUUCUUUCUCAUCAACGGACUGAAAUACUGAGGUCAGACAUGUCUGCUGGCAGCAACCAGAGAUCUGAGGAUGGGUUUCUGUGCUCCAUCUGUCUGGAUGUGUUCACUGAUCCAGUCACCACACCAUGUGGACACAACUUCUGCAAGAACUGCAUCACCCAGCACUGGGUUGAUAAAUUUCUGUAUGAGUGUCCCUUGUGUAAAGACACUUUCUUUGCUAGACCUCAGCUGAAGGUCAACACCUUCAUCAGAGAGAUGGUUGCUCAGUUCAGACGUGAACGCCAGCAAAAUGCCAGCAGCAGCAGCUCAGAGCAACAAACUGCCAAACCAGGAGAAAUUCCCUGUGACGUCUGCACUGGAACCAAACUGAAGGCCCUGAAGUCCUGUCUGGUGUGUCUGACCUCCUACUGUCAGACUCACCUGGAGCCUCAUCUGACAGCUUCGGGUUUAAAAAGACAUCAGCUGAUGGAGCCUGUGGAGAACCUGGAGGACAGGAUGUGUAGGAAGCAUGAUAAACCUCUGGAGCUGUUCUGUAGGACCGACCAGACAUGUGUCUGCUUGCUCUGCCCUGUUUUAGACCACAAGACUCAUGAGCUUGUUCCCCUGAGAGAAGAAUAUGAAGGAAAGAAGACAGAGCUGGGGAUAACAGAGGCUGAAAUUCAGCUGAUGAUCCAGAUGAGACAGCUGAAGAUUCAGGAGCUGAAAGAGUUGGUGGAGAUCAGUAAAGAUGCUGCAGACAUAGAGACAGCAGAAGGUAUUCAGGUCUUCACUGCUCUGAUGGAGUCUGUUCGGAGAGGCCUGGAGGAGCUUAUAGAGGAGAUCCAAUACAAGCAGAAAACUAAAGAGAAACAGGCUAAGGACUUCAUUAAAGAUCUGGAACAGGAAAUCUAUGAGCUGAUGAAAAGGAACUCUGAGGUGGAGCAGCUUUUAUGCUCCGAAGACCACCUAAACCUCCUCCAAAGUUUCUCGUCUCUGAAAGCUGCUAUACCCACCAAAGACUGGACAGAGGUCAGAAUCCGUCCACCAUCAUAUGAGGGAACUGUGAUAAGAGCUGUGGAUCAGCUGGAGGAGACAAUCAGGAAAGAGAUGAAGAAGUUGAUUGAGGCUGAGCUGAAGAAGGUCCAACAGGAUGCAAUAGAUGUUACUCUGGAUCCUGAUACAGCACAUCCUCACCUCAUCCUGUCUGAUGAUGGAAAACAAGUUUAUCUUGGUGAUGAGAGGAAGAAUCUUCCAGAGAAACCAGAGAGAUUUUCUUACUGUGUUUGUGUUUUAGGACGUCAGAGUUUCUCUUCAGGCAGAUUUUACUUUGAGGUUCAGGUUAAAGGAAAAACUGAGUGGGAUUUAGGAGUGGCCAGAGAGUCCAUCAACAGGAAGGGAGAGAUCGCACUGAGUCCUCAGUAUGGUUUUUGGUCUAUAUGGUUAAGAAAUGGAAAUGAGUAUGACGCUAAUGCUGGUCCUCCAGUCCGUCUCCAUCUUCAAUCUGGUCCUGAGAAGGUGGGAGUGUUUGUGGAUUAUGAUGAAGGUUUGGUCUCCUUUUAUGAUGUAGAUGCUGCAGCUCUGAUCUUCUCCUUUACUGGCUGCUGCUUCACUGAGAACCUCUACCCAUAUUUCAGUCCUGGUCCAAAUCAUGGUGGUAAAAACUCAGCUCCUCUGAUUAUCUGUCCUGUCAAUCAAACUGUCUAAAUGGUUUUUCUAGAGAAGAUCCAUAAAAAGUGAAUAUGUUUCUUUUAGGGAUCACCAAAUCCGGUCCUCGAGGAACAGUGUCCUGCAGGUAUUGGAUGUUUCUCUACUGCAACACCUGAUUCAGAUAACAUGGAUCUCCACCAGCUUGUUAUCAAGUUCUGCACAAGGCUGUUAAUGAGCCAAUUUAGUUGUUUCGAUUUAAAUCAGGUGUGUUGCUGCAGGGACACAUCCAAUACCUGCAGGAUACCGGCCCCCGAGAACCGGAUUUAGUGAUCUCUGGUCUACAGUUUCAAUCUGAGUGUCUCUGUAGGUCAGAGGUACCUUAUUUUGAAAGGUCCAUAUCUACUCUCCAUUGAAAACCAAAGGUCCAGAAAAAUUAGCAAAAACAUAUUUAUUGAUCAAACUUUUUCACUGUAUUUUCUUUCAUGUAUAAACAACAUACAAAACUAUGACAAUAAUAUUGUAUUGUGAGUGUGUUGGGCUGAGACUUGAUGAGUGAUGUUAUUCACCUAUGGGGGGAGUGAUUAGACUUAUUUGGGUCUGCAGUCAGAGGAGAUAAAGAAGGGAUGAGAAGGAAAGGGUGGGCUGGACUGGAAGCCGGUGUGGCAGUCAGACUGGAAAAGCUGAAGCCCUGAACUGGAGCUGAAGUGGUGGCACUGUGACGAAUGGGUGCUGUUCACAGCUUAUAGUUCUGCUGGCAGUGAAGACAACUGAGUAGCUGGCUAGGAGGGGAGGCUGGAUGGUGGAUUGGAGGAUUGCAGUCUUCCACAGUAAUAAAGCAAAAACAACUAA